CUCAGUAACGAAACGAACAACAAUCAAGGAAUACCACAAUCCAACGAGAUGGCUGAGAUUCAACAGGUCAAUAUUCAAUGCGAGUGCUAUCAUCGCCAUGGACCCCUCUAUGUGCUGCGCCCCUGGGCCUGGGGUCGUCCCUGCCGUCGCUGCCGACGCAUGAUGGAUCGCAAUGUGGUUGUGGUGCCCACUUCUGGUGCGGCUGCCGUAACAGUGACACCCGCCAUGACCUCGACACGCCGAUCACCAGUUGUGGUAUCCACAACCACCACCCAGGCGGUGCCGGUGCAACAGCAACAGGUGGUCCUGACACAGCAGACAUCCUAUCCUGCGACUCUGCCGCCCACAUACAGCGAAACGGUGGUCGUCGGCUAAAGCAAAGCCAGGCUUAGAUUGAUGCGGAUUUGAAGAGAUUUAAGAAAAUAUUAAAAAUAAAGCAAUAACUUUUUCAAAUGAAAACUGAA